GGCGUUUGUCUGGAUAAAAAGUUUGCGGUGGCGGUCUGAGCAAGUUUGGACAGGAGGGGGGCAUUAUUGUAAACGUGUAUCCGUACGAGUAUGACCGACACAGAAGCGCAGAGCGCCCCAUCGUCGGCACCGGUGGAAGAACCGCCACAGCCGGAGAGAAAAAUUAUAGCCACUGCAGUCCAAGGCACCGUGAAAUGGUUCAACGUGCGCAAUGGAUAUGGCUUUAUCAACAGAAACGACACCAAAGAAGAUGUCUUUGUUCAUCAGACUGCCAUCAAGAAGAACAACCCCAGGAAGUUCCUUCGCAGUGUUGGGGACGGGGAGGUGGUGGAGUUUGACGUGGUCGAGGCCGCCAAGGUAGGCAAACCUGGUUCGGAGGCAGCCAAUGUGACCGGGCCUGGCAGCGUUCCUGUCAAAGGCAGCCGCUAUGCGCCCAACAAACGUCGCUUCCGCCGCCGCUUCUCCCCUCGCAGCCCUCGGCCCGAUGACGAGAAGGGUGACGGCACCUCUGUCCCCACCUCGGAAGGCGAAGGGGGAGGAGAGAAUGGCGGAGAACGACCGGCACCGCGACGACGCAGGCCCCGCCGACCAAGACGGGAAGGACAAGAGGGCGAGGCAGUGGAAGGCGACCAGCAGAGGCCGCCACCGCGCAGGUUCCGCAGGCCAUUCCGCCCUCGCCCACCCCCCGGGGAGGGUCAGCAGGAGGUCAGCGCCCUCACCGAGAGACUAGAAGGCCAGGCAGCGGACGGGCAGAAGGAGGUGAAGGAGGCGAAGGAGGCCCAGGAGGGCCAGCAGACAAACGGGAAGCAGGCCAAUGAAGACGUCCAGAAACCCCGCCGACAGUUCAGCCGCCGCAGGCAGAGGAACUCUGAGUCGAACUCUGUCUCUAAAGAUGGGACAGAGAAGCCAGCUUUGGAGCCUAGCACCCCCCCUCAGACCUCCAAGCCAGCUGACCUCAAGGCCUCUCCGAAGUCCUCCCCUAAAGGCUCCCCCAGGAUGUCCCCCAAGUCCUCCCCCAAAACCAUCCCCAAUUCACCAGAGGCACCUGCCACGACAGUUCCCAUGGCCGCAGAAUGACGUCUGUGAGCGGAUGGCGUCACGCGACCCCAGGCAAGCGGUGGGACCCAGUGCUAAACUCAUGCAACCUUUCAGGGGUUGGGUGGAGGAGGGUUUAGGGUUGUGCCUCUUGCGUUUCCUAGCUGAUGGCACUAGUAUGUGACCAUUUAGUUCCAUUCAUUAGUUAUUUUUCUACGUAUGGUUUUUAGAGGAAGUACACAAGUCUUCUGAAGGGAUGGCAAGCACCAGGUGUUGAAGAUGCUUUUCCUGUUUAAUUUAUAAUUUUGGGACAUUCUGGUGUUCAAUGAAAGGCCACCUAUAUUGCAGGUGUAAUUUGGUUGCCAAUUGAAGGCUCAAAUCCUGUGGGACCCACUGCUUGCGUUGUCAGGUUGGAAGUUUUAAGUUUUGGCAUUAUUUUUGUUCAGUUUAUUUUGUGUUUUAAUGUCUGCCUCCCCCCGACUUGUCUAGACACUGCAUAUGGGAGAAGGGGGGACGGGGAGGAGAGGAAGUUAUAUGGGGGGUGUGUUUACAAAUGAGAAAAUACUUCCCCCCCACCCUUUCAUUUUUUUUAUAAAAAGGUGUAUUAAAAACCUGCUUGGAUGCCCAGUUAUUCCACAAACCCCCAGCUAGUGUUCUUUAAUUGACUGAGAAUGGGCACAAACAUUAGAGAGGAUCCAGCCUCUAUUUAAGUUUGAUAACAUGAAAGCAAAGCAGGUGUGUGUGGUACGGUCCGGGAGCUGCGACGAGACCCUUGCCACCCCUAGAUUCUAAAAAAAGCUGCUGCCCACCCCCUAUUUGAUAAUCGAGGCUGGUAAAAAAUAAAAUAAAAAUGUCUUCAAUUCAUUAUGCUUAUUUUUGUAUGCGCUUUUCUUUUGGAGGGGAUUAUGUGCAAUGUCGGUUGAUCAAGAUGUCUAUAAAAAUCAUGUUUGCAAAGACUA